CAAGACCCCUAUAGCGACUCGUCCUUGGCAAUAAUUAGAACCUCAAACACCUUCUUCCAUCCUCCAAUCCCAACCCUAUCAAAGCCUAACGCGCGCUUGGACCCAUACACCAAACUGAUACUGUACCCUGUCAUCUGUUCAGACGCGACGGGUUUAUAUCACUCCCAAAUCAUCAUCAUCAUCUCUUCCAGCGUUUCCGGCCGAGUGUAGAGCAGUAUGUCAACAGCAGCAUCAGGGAGUACGGGCCAGGGCCACGGCCUUGGCGGUGGAGGAGGUGGUGGCUCUCCUAAUAGAAGGAGCACGUUACGGAGACCCUUUGGUGGACGUAUAUCUCGUCUUUUGCGUGCUCUCUCCUCUUCCAACAGGAGCGGUACUGCGGAUCGCACAGUGGAAGACGUUACAAUGGACCACGCUACUACUUCAGCACACCCAGCACCCCUCACCCGCUCUGUUUCCUCUCUCGGUUUCUUCCGUCGCAUGUCAACAACGACAUCAACAAACCAGGCAGGGUCAUCAUCCCCAAAGCCGUUACACGCCCGCUCCGCAUCCUUUACGUUGUCCAAAAUCGACUCGGCGCACAACCUCUCCCACUUCGGCCUCGGUCUCUCCCCAGAAGCCGAUGCCAGCACCAACGCCUCCGCUAUCGACGAAGGAUUCUUCACAAUUCCCAUCACCGGUACCGCAGACGCCAUCCGUCCUCGUCGCCUGGAUCCCCUGCACACCCUCCCCCCAGAACUCUGCACGCAGAUAUUUUCCUACUUACCGAUCGGAUCUGUUUCGUCAGCAACCCUUGUCUCGCACGCCUGGCACGCCCACAUUACUCACACCCCCUCCCUCUGGCGCACCCUCUUCUCCUCCCAACCCACUUGGUCCGUCUCUCCCUCCCUCCCCCCCGGCUCCUCCUGGCGCGAGUUAUACCGUAUCCGUCACGGACUCGAGAGGCGGUGGAAGAAUGGAGAAUAUACAGGACGCUGGUUAAAGGGCCAUGGGGAUAGUGUUUACUGCCUUCAGUUUGACAAUGACAAGAUUGUCACUGGGUCGAGGGAUCGCACAAUCAAGGUUUGGGAUGCGAGGAGUUUGGAGUGUGUGCAGACUUUGGCACCACCGCCACCAGGGAGUGGGAGUGGAGUUCCGUUUCAUACGGCUUCGAUUUUGUGUUUGCAGUUCAAUAGGGAGAUAUUGGUCAGUGGGUCGAGCGACUCUACGCUCAUCAUGUGGGUCUACAACCCCUCACUGCAGACUUGGACACCCCGCAAGAAGUUGCAGGGACAUACGGCGGGUGUGCUAGAUGUAUGUUUCUCGGGUUCGUAUAUCGUAUCCUGUUCGAAAGAUACGACAUUGUGCAUCUGGUCUCGCGAAACGGGGGAACUGGUCAAGGUACUGAGGGGACAUCGGGGCCCGGUUAAUGCUGUGCGAAGUAUGAAGGGUGGAUAUGUGGUUAGUGCAAGUGGGGAUUGGACGGUGCGGGUUUGGGAUAUACGUCUCACGGUGGAAGAAGACGGUAUCGAAAUCCCUAACAUGCAUUUCGGAGAAUGCGUCAAAGAACUCCGAGGCCACGCCCGCGGAUUGGCAUGCGUGGAAGUCAGCCCAGACGGCCGCUACAUCGUCUCCGGCGGCAACGACCAAAAAAUCAAAAUCUGGUCGUCCUCCACGGGUGAAUGUCUCCACACUCUCUCCGGGCACUCCCUCCUCGUUCGAACUCUGCACUUGUUCAAUGAUCGCAUUAUUUCGGGGUCGUAUGAUCGACGUGUUUGUGUGUGGGAUUUGGAGACGGGGGAGUUGAGGAUGGAGUUUCCGAAGGAUCAUGGGAGUUGGAUAUUUUGUGUGAAGGGGGAUUUGGGGAGGGUUGUGUCUACGAGUCAGGAUUGUAGGGGAUUGGUGUUGGAUUUUUGGGGUGGAGAGGAUUGGAGGGAGGGUGUGGGCAAGUAUCUGACUGGGUGAGGAGUGGAUUAGCCUGCUUAAAACUACGCGUAGUUGGAGAAAAUUGCGGUGGUACAAUUGGCUUGGUUCGGAAUGGAUGUAGUUGGCGGCGUUCUUGGGUUUAUCUAUUGGACUUUUGAUUGAGCAGGGUUUGGCUUUCACCUCGGUAUACGCAGGCCACGUAAGAGAGAGAACUGUACAGGAACUGUGGUAUAGACACUUAUGGUCGUUUUAAUUGUAGUUUACCUUUGUAGCAGAUGAUAACGGUUCAGGAUGCCUAUGACCCGCAG